AUGACUUCGCAAGGGAGACAGGCUUACUGUAAAGUGAAGGGUCAAAGUCAGAGUAACAAGCAUUUGGUGGAGAUCGUUGCUUUAUACUUUUCCUGGGUGUUCCCCAACUGCUCUUUGAACAUCGAAUACCCUUUCUCUGUUCCCAAUCGUAUCUGGAUCGUGCCCUCGCACCCCAGCUUCACAAGCAGCAACGAGAUACGACAGUAA